AUGGCUGAGGGGAUGGCUUUACGUGUUGAGGGCGGCAAGAGUAUUUCUUAUAAAUUAAAAUCUCCUUUAGGCCGUCCUUUAUACACCCCAAAGGGUAAACCCCACAUCCUCUUUCCUUAUGGAGCCAAGUAUAGAUCGCCCAACAGGCCAAAAUGGUGGGUAGGGCGGAGGUUAGCUUACCCCCAUCACUCUCAUCAGAAGGUAUGGCUGCCUCCGUCUCUCUUGUCUAUUGAAUCUUUCGCCUUCCUGCAGCAGGAGCAGCAGUACCUGCUGCAGCAGCAGCAGCAGCAGCAGGAGGAAGAGCAGCAGCAGCAGCUGCCUCCGCAGCAGCAGGAGCAGCACAGGAAACAGCAGCAGCAGCAGGCCAUACAAAGGAGGAAACAGCUGCUGCAGCAGCUACUUGACGCCGAGAUAGCUGUAGCAGCAGCAGCAGCAGCACACCGCCGGCCUGUUCGGGCAGGUGUCGCUAGCAGCAGCGGCAGCAACAGCAGCAGAAGCAGCAGCAGCAGCAGCAACACCAGAGUGCAGGUAGGCAAAUGGACCUACGAUCCUUCUGCUGCUGCUGCUGCGCUGCAGCAGCAGCAAAUCCUCCCGGAAGCAAUGCAUGCACUGCCGUUGCAUGGUGUUGGCUGUUUGCUGUUUAGAGAUAAAAGAAGCAGCAACAAGUUGCUGCAGCAGCAGCUGCAGCAGUACCACAGAAAAUAUAAGCAGCAACAGAAGCUAACAGCUAGGGGAGUUGUCUUACCCCCAUCUCUAAGACCUGGCAGCAGCAACAGCAACCCCAGCAGCAGCAGCGACAGCAACAGCAGCAGUGACAGCAAAAGCAGCAGCAGCGACAGUAACAGCAACAGCAGCAGCGACGGCAUCAGCAGCAACAGCAACAGCCGCAGCGACAGCAUCAGCAGCAACAGCAGCACCAGCAACCACGUUCCUGCUGAGCAUAAGCAGAAACCCUUAGGAAGGAUGAUGGCGUUUGUCCCAAGGGAUGUUUGCUACAAGCAUCGACCUUUCAAGGCACGAAUUCUUGGGGAUCUCUUGUCAAUUCCUUCUCCUCGUCCUUCUGCUGCUGCUGCUGCAGGCAGCAGCAGCAGCAACAGCAGCAGCACUGCGGAGGCACCUCAAGAGAAUGCGGCAGCAGCCGCUGCAGAGCCUGCGACCUCCCAGACAGCAGAUGACAGAAUCAGCAGCAACAGCAGCAUCGCUGACUGCAGCAGCAACUCCAGAAGCAGCAGCAGCAGCAGCAGCAGCAGACCUUUUGUGUUCCGUCGUUGCUGCACUCCUGCUACUCUUAGCCUAGACUUCUGGUUUGCUGCUCCCCCUAUUAAUGGCAAUAGAUUUAUUUAUAAACCCUCUUUGUCCCUUUAA